AUGACGUCCCUUCUUGAUCACUCACGCGGUGGGACGGUCGGAUACUCCUUCUCUCAGUCUACAGCUGCUCCCGUGAGACAGCAUGGAUUCUACCCAUACACCGACAACGGUGGCUCGACUCUGGGCAUCACAGGCUCCGAUUUCGCGAUUCUUGCUGGCGACACCCGUUCUACAUCAGGCUACAAUAUCAACUCUCGCAUGGUCCCGAAGGUCUUCAAGAUCGGUGGUGACGAUGAGACUGGCGAAGGUGCUCAUAUUAUUCUGUCCGUGGUUGGCUUCGCCGCGGAUGGUAAUGCCCUCAAGGAACGACUGGAUGCAGUGGUGAGGAUGUACAAAUACCAACACGGCAAGUCCAUGUCUGUCUCAGCCUGUGCGCAGCGACUUUCGACCAUCCUCUACGGAAAGCGAUUCUUCCCCUACUACGUACACGCAAUCUUGGCUGGUCUGGAUGAGGAGGGUAAGGGAGCGCUUUACAGCUACGAUCCCGUGGGCUCUUACGAGCGAGAGCAAUGCCGUGCUGCCGGUGCUGCAGCAAGCUUGAUCAUGCCUUUCCUGGAUAACCAGGUUAACUUCAAGAACCAAUAUAUCCCCGGCAGUGGAGAGGGACAUGCGCUUGAGCAGAAGAGCUCGGAGCCUCUUCCCCAAGAAACGGUCAAACAACUGGUACGGGACGCAUUUACAAGUGCCGUGGAAAGACACAUCGAGGUUGGUGAUCAUUUGCAAGUGAUGAUCAUCACUUCGAAUGGCAUUGAGGAGGUGUUCCACCCGCUGAAGAAGGAUUAA